AUGAACAAAAACGGAACAGCUAAAAUGAAUGAUAAUCAAAUAAGAGCCGAAGGUAGAAGGUUAUUUAAACGCUUCUAUAACAUUCCUGAUGGUGUUAAUCCUAAAACUCGUAGAAGUUAUUUAAAUGAAGCCAUAGAUGCAUAUGAAGGAUUUGACAUUUCAUCAGAAAGUGAGAGGUUAGCAAGAAUGUUAAACGUUAAUAUUGAUUUUUAUUAUUGUGACCCUCAACCAGAAGACGUAGACAUAAAUAAGGUAGACUUUCCAUUAGUGGAAUCAAUAAUGAUAGAUCCAGAAUUUGAAACAGUAAAUAUUUUAUUAACACAGAGUCCAUGUGGAAAACUUCACGCUGACAGAAUUACAGACGUUGAAGCACUCACAGGAUAUAAAGUUUGCCCCUUUUGCAAAGAAGAAGUAUAUUCUAUCCGUGAUGACCCAGAAAGGAAAAACCAAAGAAGAUUUUUAAAACAUUGUGAGAAAUGUAAAGAAAAUAAUGGAAGAUUAAUUCAAGACGUUCAAUUGCAAAACACACAACAACCAUAUGCACCACAUAUCACGAAACAGAAGAUAUAUCAAUGGCUAUUAGCACAUAAUUUGCAGGAAUAUUAUAAACCAACAAGAUAUUAUAUUACUUUUGACUUCGAAACAUUAGAGACUAAAGAAGAACUUCAACUUUCUGAAUGUGCAACUUUGAACGCUUACUUAAAACCAUUUAUGGUAUCAUCAACUGUCAAAAUAAAGCCGCAAACGGACUCUUUGAGUCCUGAAGGUCUUUCAGACCGAAGCGGCGAGGUCGUAGACCGUGAUAAAACAUUUACGAGGAAUUUUUGCUUAACAUCAAGUGAUUCGUUCAUCUCUGAUUGGAUUGAAUUUUUAUUUUCAACCUGUUCAUUAGUUGCUAAAUCAAAUAUUGAACAAUAUGAAGAAUUAAUGAAGCCGCAAACGGACCAAACGGCGGGGACUUUGUCCCAUACAUUAAAUGAAAAACAGAAG